ACGCAGUCUACCAGAAGAGAGAGAGAAGGAAGUGACCAGCUGAAGAGCGUAGCUAUCCCGUGAUAGCAAACUCGGAACCACAUUUUCUGCCGGAGCUGGUAUCGGAUUGGUAUUUUUUUGUGAGUUGAGUACAAAGCUAAAUCAGGUAUUUGAUUCCUCUGUCCAUUACUUGGAUAUUUUUUUGUAAAUGCAGUAUGUCAACAACGUUAAAAUAACUAGGGUGUGCGUUUUUUCUUCUUAUCUUCAUGAAGAACUGAGUUACUUCUUGUUCCUCUAAAUGUUAUUGUUGCUGAUUUCACAAACUGUUCUUAUUAAAUGACAUAGAAUAACAUAGUGAUAUGUUCAAAACCCACAUAACUGGUGCAGAGUCAAUAACUAUUCAAAGGAUCGUUUAAACAAACGAAAAGUAAUCUGGUUGGUUUAUCCAACAGUUUGUGGUGUGAAACAUAGGACGUCGUAGCACUGGUUUCGAAAAAUCGGCAUCAUUACAUGACAUUGUUCUGUACAUUGAAAAUAAGUGGGAACUGCGUUUCUACAUUUGUCUUCACAAAGGUCUGAGGCCAACGAGUAAUGUUCUACCCUGAUUUACUUCUUCCCAUUCCACCAUUUGAAGCACGCUCAACUAAAUCAGAAGGACACAUUAAGGGACCUCUUUUACCACCAGGACGAGAGAAAGAGAUUCCAUUGGAUCUCUCUAACAAAUCUAUUAGUCAGACACCGGUUGGUGUAGUGGAAGCUGAAGAAAUGUUUUUUCUCGAACAGCAGAAGUUUGGUGCGGUUGGUGCCCCCCAGGGGUUUCAAGCAGGUUUACAUAGACACCUUUCGGGUGUGGGAGGGUCUUCUGGAACUUUAUUAGAUCCAACACUUCUCAGAUUAGGUUACAGGACCGAUGCUGCCAUAGAUAGCAUGUUGAGCGCCAAUAUGUCAUCGCCAUUUUGUGUAGAUAGAACACCGGUUCCAUCAGCAACGCCAGCUUUUGGAUCUCACCACAUGAUGAAUAAUUUUUUCCACCAACCGGAUCAACAUAGUGGUAUUUAUGGAUCGGCUCGUCCCCCGAUGCAACAAUUCUCUUCAUUCUAUGAACCUUCAUCAUCAUCGCUACUGUUUCGGCCUCCGAAAAGUAGUUUGACCGAUCGCAACUCUAAUUUAACACAGAGAAGCCUUUACGAACAAUCCAAUCCAAGCUCCUUAGCAUUACCAAGUUUGUCAUUAUUCCCUGAUGGGACUCAAGAGAAAGGAGCUUUCGUGGCUCUCCGAUCGGGUGCUGAGAAAAACGUUUUGAAUGGCGCCUCAUUUGAAGCAACAACCUAUGCUGAGCAUCUGCAACGGCUAGGUGAACAUCGCGUCCAGAAAAACAAAUGCCUUGGUGCAUGUUGCUCCUCAUCCUUUGGUAACUUGGGUCAACCCCAAAGCUCCUGCUCCUGCUGCUCAUCUUCACAAAUGACACUUUGUGCCCGUGGGCCGAUGGGCUACUUAGGAAAGGAACAUUCAUGUGAUAAAUUGUGUAGUGGUGGAUAUUUUAAUCCUUCUCUUUCAUACCUUGGUCAACAUUCGACCAUUGGCGAUAUUCGUUUGUCUAUGAAUCCUUUCUAUGUCAAACUCGGAGAACAUGUAAGAAGGGAAGAAUCUUUUGGUUCAAUAUUCGCUCCAAAUCCAAAUUUAUGGGGCUCAGAAUUAUCAGGAGCUCCAGUUAGCAAGGCUGUGGUCCAUGCAUCGUCCCCAGUUCUCAAACUAAAUGACAGCAGUAACUUGGGUCAGAAAGAAAGCCCACGUUCUACCAAGGACUCUCUAGUUUCUUCAAGUUCCACAAAGAAUCGAGACGUUGUCUCCAAUAAUAGCCAUUUUCCAGUUUCUAGUUCAAAGACAGAAAUUCUGAGAAAAGCACCCAAUGAGGUUAUUGUUACUGAAAGUGAAUCGAAGAGCAAGUGCGUUAAACAGCAUUCCUCGAAAAUGAAUCUUCAGCCAUCUGAUCAUGAAACCGAAAACAAAGAUAAUCAGAAUGAAUUUCAGAGACAAUUUGCCACUGAAAAUGUUCCGUCCCAUUCUACUAUACAUAGUUCUAAAGAAACAGACUUUUGUGAAACCAGAGUGAAGAUGCCACAACUGAAAGCUGUAACCAGGUUCGAGAAUUGUUCCGAUAAUUCUCAAGUGCACGAAAAAAAGUCUUUGGAUCCUCCACCACUCACAGCCGCAGAGGCUAUUAUAAACUCCGAUCAAGCAAAUAUAACAUCGUCUGUAUGCAAGUCUUUAUGGAUGCCUCAUUCACCAAAAAAUUCAACUCCUUUUUCCACAAGCUCACCAACAUUUGUCACACCUCUUUACUAUAAAUCAUCCAAAAAUUCUUUCAUCAAGAAGAGAGAGAGACAAAAUAUGGAAAAUGACGAAUUAGUGGCCAAGUUUCCGGACAGCCAUUUAUUCAACCAAAACCAAACGUCAUCGCUUCCUUACAGACUAACAAACGAUAUUCAGCCUACUUUCUUGAACGCUGAGCUUGCCAAAGAACCUGGAUGUUCACGAUCAACUCCAUCCUCGCACAACCAUACAGAUCCUAGUAAUUACAACCAGACACAACAAGUUUACACCAACUAUAUAGAACAGGAUUCGGAUUUUCCGCCAUCUCUAAAGAAUCAUCAAAAGACUGGUGAACUCUCUAAAAAGUUUAUACUGGCUUGUGAUCCAUAUUACUUUUCACAAGAAAAAUCAGAAUACACAUUCGACGACCCUGAGAGUAAUUUUUCACCGUUAGAUGGCGGUGGCCUUAAGGCAAAUCGCAAAAGAUCUAUGCUACAUUAUAUGACCAGUUCUGAUGAACGUGAUAUCUCGAAGACAAAGACUAUUCCUCUAAAUAGUUUUGUCGACCAAACGAAAUUAGUGAAAGAAGAAAAAGAAUUUCAGGCCACAUUCACCAAGUGUAACUAUAAAGCUUCUUCUAGUACUUCUGAAGGUGUUAAAGAAAAAUUAUUGAAAAGCAAAUCAAAGAAUGUUGAAUUCGAAGAAGAAUUCUCUAAAGAAGCCAAACGCGUCUGUGUCAAGUCGAAAAAAAAGCUCGGGAGACAGCUACUGUCAAAAAUUUAUAUAGACCAGAAAGAAUCAAACCAGGAAGACAAAAAAGAGUUUGUGAAGAAAGAAGCAGACGAAAUAUUUUCGCAAUCAAAUGAAGUCGUUUCUCAGCUAAGCCUAAUAUGGCGUCAGCGCUGCUUAACAAGCAGUUGUCAGGCGGUAAAACGACGGCGAUUAAAGUCAGGCCUAGACAUGAUUGCCAAGCCCCAUCGUAAGAAAAACUCAAAAGUACUUAGUGUAAAAAAACUUCUGGAGAAGGAACUUUUAAAAAAACAAGAUAAUUCGGCUUCCUUAGAGGGCAUUUUGGAUGACAGUCUAGAAAAAAAGCAGCAACUACCGAUUGACUUUUCCAAUGGCGUACCUCCGGAGAUGAAACGUAUCAUCGUAAAUAAGGCUUUAGGGGAAACCAUUCUCCAUCGAGCUGCAAGGAUGGGCUAUGAAGAAAUUGUUUUGUAUUGCCUGGAAACUAAUUAUUGUGACAUCAAUGCACGUGACAACGCUGGCUACACUCCUCUGCAUGAAUCCUGCUCGCAAGGGAACCUCGAGAUAGUAAGCGCCCUGGUGCAAUAUGGAAGUGACGUCAAUGCGAGUGCAGCAGGCGGUAUAAGACCUCUGCACGACGCUGUCGAGAAUGAUCAUGUCGAAAUAGUCCGUAUGUUACUGUCUUAUGGUGCUGAUCCUACCAUUGCUACAUACUCCGGUCAUACACCUCUCAAGCUGGCAAGAUCGUCGGUCAUGGUUGAGUUUCUCCGUGGGUUCUUUGCUGACACACUUGGAGAAACCGACACUAAUGUUGUUCUUCCUUGGAAAUUUUGUGGAUCUGCCUGCUGUCUAGAUGCUGAGGAGGCUGGCUAUGAUAUCUGGAACGAACUUCCCCUGAAUUCAGAAAACGAAAGCGAAGAGAAGGACGACUUUUUGUUCGAGGUGAGCGACACUCCUCACCUCCCGACUUUCCGCCUACAGUUGCCUGGCAACAAUAGCAAGGCGAUAUGUAAUUGUCUCCGACUUUCUGAUGUACUGAAUCAUAUUUCUAUGACAAAGGAGGAGUUUCAGUUAACACACAACUGUAUCGAGAUACUUUCUAUUCCCAAACAUGAAUUUGAUACCAGCGCCACCUGCAUUCAACUUUUGACAGACACGAGAUUGGACAGUUUGUUAGCAGAUGCAGCCAAAGAAAGAAGCACAGCUGUUGACGUGGUGCCACUGGACAGUAACAUUAGAGACAUUUUGGGUGUGGAAACUGUAAAACUAAGAUAGUUUUACGAUUCCAUGUAUUUGCUCGUGAUAAUUGAUUAUGAGUGGAUGACAUCAUGUUAAAGAAUGUACGUUUAAAUUCUAUAAACUACUGAUAUAAUAGUUUUUAUUAGAUGCAUAUCUCUUAGUACGCAAUUUAUUAUAUGAACAGAAGUGUUGUUAAUGUGAUUUAACGACACGUUAUAUGUGCUCAGUGCAAAAAUCAAAGAAAAUAUAUGAACAAGAUAGGUUGGAUACUGUGCCAAGAAUCACAAUCCAGCAGUUCACUAGAGGGCUUUUUAUCGCAGUUUACAAAAAGAAAAAAAGAGGAACAAAAAAGGAUUUGGCAUUCUCCAUUGUAGAACCUAUAUGCCUCUGUUAGCACCUCGUGUAAAUGUUCCUGAUCAGUGAGAUAUUAAUAAGUAUUGUUAGCUGGUGUACAGUUUGACAUGUAUAUGUGUUACAAUAAUGUGUUGUAAAUAUGUAAAUAACGUGAUGAACGUGUGGUGACAUAAUAGUGCCUAUUUCAUCUUACAGUCUUAUCUGGUCAUCAUUCUAAACUCUAAAAAAGUUAAAUGAAAAGGAUUUUACGAGAAAUUGUCUUGUGUAUUUUAUUUAUGGUUUCCAACCAAAUAACA